AGCAAAUGAAUGUUAUUUUCAUCAUAAUGAUGUGAAUUUACCGCAUAAAUGAGAAUAUGUUGGUCAAAAUAUAGCAGGAUAUCAAACAAUUGAACAAGCAUUCGAUGCAUGGAAAGAUGAAUAUAAACAGUAUAAUUAUUAUUCAAUGAGUUGUUAUGGUGUUUGUGGACAUUAUACUCAAUUAGUAUGGCAAAAUACUACUCAUGUUGGUUGUGGUAUUACAAAUUGUACCGGGAAUUAUGGAUUUCCAUAUGGAUUAUCAGUUGUCUGUAAUUAUGGCCCAGGAGGAAACUAUGAAGGUCGUUAUCCUUACGAAGCAAAAUCACAAGAUGAAUGUUAUGCUGUAACUACUAGACGUCCUAAACCUACUAGACGUCCAAUUACUACUAAACGUCCUAAAACUACUAGACGUCCUGGAACCAUACCAACUCGUAAACCAGACAUAUCAAAACAAAUACCAAAACCAAACUGGCCUACACUUAUCAGUUCAUGGAGUGGAUUUGCCAAUUCAAAUAUGCUACAUGGAAUAGUAACAAAAACAUGUAUUUGUAUUCAGUGAAAAUUCAAAAUUACCCAAAACAUUUAAUGUCACUGUUCUGUGUAUUAACCAUAUUGUAUGUUUUAAAUGAAAAUAUAAACAUUAUUGAAAGAGAG